AUGACCCCGGACCUCCUGGAGGGCUGCACACCCACGGGCCGCAUCGAGAUGACGAGGACCUCUGUGGCCGGCCGGGAGAUCCAGGGCGCGGACUUUCAGGGCAGCGUGGAGAUGAAGGAGUGCGAUAGCCUCACGGGGCCCUGCGAGACCUCCACGGAGGGCUUCAGGCAGUGGAAAUGCCACAAGUGCCUUUGGGAUCCGCGUACGGAGGACGACAUGCGACGUCUGGAGGAAGGCAGCGACCUCUCGGAUGGCCGGCGUUUGCAGAUCCCGGGGCUCGGCGGGAUCCCGGGCAUGGGCGGCGUCCCGGGCCUCUUCGCGGGGGACGACGGGAGACUGGCGACAGCGCCAGCAGCCCCAGCAGCGCAACCAGUGGAUUGGGAGGCGUUUUUGGAACCACCCAGACGGACGGAGAGAAGGAAAAGGUGCCGGUGGUGUACUCUUCCCUGCCUCGGGUGCGGGUGUCUCUGA